AUGCAAUCUCUUAUUCAACAGUUUAAACAAUUAGAAUUUAUAAAAAAGUAUGCAAAUAUUAGUGAUGAGAAUGUUAGUGAAUCUACAACAAGUGAAGUUAUGGCAGCUAUUAGCUUGAAAAAUAAUGAUGAAGAUAGUAUUGUAGUAUCUCAGUCUGUUGACACAACUAACAAAGGAGAUGAUGUGGCAAUUGGAAUAAACCCUGAAGAACAAAGCAUUGAAUUAGAAAUAGAUGAAGAUGAAGACAAGAAAAUAGUGACAAAAGAUAUGGAUGGAAAUUCUUUGUUACAAACGUUUGUUAACUAA